CUUGCCAGUCGCCAGUUCUUUUCGCCCGCUUUGACUGACCGCUCGCUAUGACGACGAAAAAUAUAAACGUUGAAAAUUUAAUUUCUCUUGUCCAAAAUCGGCCAGUUUUAUGGGACAAAACUCUCGAAAUAUACAAGGAUAAAAACUUGAGAACUGCUGGCUGGCGAGAAAUAUGUAUAAAUUUAAAUGAAGAUUUUGAAGAAAUGGAGGAGAAAAACAGGCAGGAUUAUGCUAAAUCGAUCGUAAAGAAGUGGACUAAUAUUAGAGACAGCUGGAUGAGGAGUAUUAAUGAGAAAAAGAAAUCAAAAAAAUCAGGAUCGUCUGCGACAUGUCCGAGAGCCUACGUUUAUCAUCGUCAAAUGUUGUUCUUAAAAAAAAUUGUGUCGCCAGCUGACACACAUGAUAGUGCAACUAUUGUUACACCAAACCCAGCAGACGAUAGUACAGCCGCUACAGUUACAUCAGAUGUUACCCAUGACAGUGCGAUGGCUCAGGACAAUUUAUUCGGUGAAGAUGUCGCAAAUAAUCAAGAUGCUACAGAUGAAAGUCAACAAGAAAUUGAUAAUGAAAAUUUAGUAGGUGGUUCAAAAAGAAAAAAAAGCAAACCAUCGAGGCAGAAUUUAAACGUGUUUGAUAAGAAAAUGAGUGAGUUUAUAGAUUAUCAAAUGGAAUGCAACAAGAAGGAAGAAAUGAAAGAAGACCGUAAUUUGUUUUUCUUUAAAAGUCUACUUCCAUCAUUGGCAACGCUAAACGAUAAUCAAACAUUAGAAUUUCAAUCAGGCGUCUUAAAUUUAUUGCAAAAUAUAAAGAACCGAAAUGAAUGGUCUCCUGCACACUCAUCAACAUACAACUAUCAACCAAAUGUGGCACAAUCACAAGGCUAUUUUACAUCGCAGUACCAAGCAUCACCAGAGUCUCAAAGUAUUCAAUCGAAUGCUUCUGAUUUACCAGACUUUCAUAAUAUGUAGUUGGGAAACUUCAAACUGUGUACCUACCAAGCGAUUGUCUAUAAUGUCUUAAUCAUAUUUUUAAUAAAUUUAAUUAUAAUAAAA